AUGCAUGGUGGUUUGUGCGUCCUCGGUUCUCUCCUUACGAUACCUUCAGUCCACUCGCUCCAUAAACGAAAUAAGUUAGAGUCCACAACUUCUUGCUUCACAUUGAAAUUGACAUUAAAUCCACCUCAUUCACUUAUCCCCGACGGCAGUGCAAUUAGACUUCAGGUCCCUGAAGCAGUGUGUAUACUCUUUCACUCUCUACCCAUCAUCAAUGUCGAUUGUGGUGUGCUUGACCUGAAUGCUAUCUCCUUCGUACUUAGCGAUAACAAUUACACCAUUCCCAUCGUAAUCAACGGUAGCGAGCUAGGUGUUGUUGCUCUAGAAUACUCGAAAGGGUGUCAGUUCAGUGACGAAGAACAGAAGCGAGUCGGCAAGGGUUACUUCGUAGAGCCCACAGCUCGACAAGACAGUGAUAUUACCAUAAGCGCAUACCUGAGCGGCGGGCAGGGUAUGGCGCCGAUGUAUUGGUCUGGGAAGGUUUUUCCUUCGGUACGCAGAGACAGAGUGCCAAUGCCCAGUACGGGGAGGGAGGACGACGACAGAAAGGUGCUCAAGGUCAAUCAAGUAAAUAGGAAGUGUGCCUUGAUAGUGGGAGUACCCGGCGGCGUUGGUUUGGAUCUUCGGAUCAGGUGGGUUGCCAUUACUGAGAAGCCAGCAUUUAGAGAGAACGAGGCAUUCGCAGAGAGACAAAGAGACACCGAUAUCCCCCACCAAAGCCCUUGCUGUAGCCUCCGAAUGGCAUGUGGUAUGGUGCCCCACAGCUGGACGAACCUUUUGGUCAAGUAUCUCCAUUCUGCACGCGAAAGCAGAGUCAGCACAGUACACAACAACGUACUUGAUAAAAAUGAUAAAAAUAGGGAGUGGGAGCAUGGACCCCUAGUAAGGGAUAAAAAUGGAAGUGGGGGGAAUAGACCCCCCACGCAACAAAGAGGUUGGUGGCUGAGAGAAGAAGAACGGCAAGGGAGGAAGGGGGAGGCGGACACAAGUAGGCUGAAAUGUUGGCAGAGCAAGAGCUGGGGGCAAGCAUUGUUAGAAUUCUGCCGUCUGGCCAAUUGCAAGCGUAGUCUAGUUGAAACUUUAAGGAGUGCCGGGCUGGGUGUAGCGAGACAUAGAGUCCGAAAGGCCAUGUUAGAGGCAGAUAGAGGUCUGCAACCUGAUUGCAUGGAGAUGAGCCUUCGCAACUGGCUGGGGAUGGAGAUUUUUUCCUCGUCGCACCCAUCCACCAUCUCCUCUCUACACUACCUUCCUGUCAUGCCCAAGAAAGCUCUCCCCUGGGACAACGAUGAAGCUUUACAGGCCAUGCAGGAACGCGUACAGGUUGUCCUGACGCUUCCUAGUGGUGACGGCAUAAGUUUGUUUUCUUCUCGUUCCAUACAUACUCGUAAUCGGCACCCCACUGACUUCCCUUUUUCGCGAGCUCCUUCAGCGCAAUUCCUAUCUGCUGUCAGCGUGCGGGACCACUUGCUCUGUCACCAACAACAGCAAUACCAUGCCAUGUUGUCCGACUACCAUGAUACACCCUACUGGGCUAGGAGAGGAGGUGGUUUGAACGAGACAUCAAAGAAGGGCGGGCAUAACGUAAACGCAGGCUCUUUCCGUCAUCGAAACAAAAGCACCCCGCGCCUGGAGCCAUUCGUAGUCAGGCCUUCCGAUAGCCUCUUCAUAACUCAGCCCGAAGAGAGCGGCCACAACCUCAAAACGAGCGAACAGCAUAUCUUAACCUGCAGGGGUCGCGCUCCCAACAAAGCCGCUUUUUUUCGGAACAAUGUCGAUAGGCCAGGCAGCGAUUUACUAAUCAAGAGGGUACUAAAUUGGCUCGCGGAUAUUAAAGAACCGCCCCCCGGUCAACACAAGUCAGGCGGUGAUGGACCCCAGAUCAGAGGAAUCAUCCGGAAGGAGGACCAAAAGGCGGGCGAAUAG